CGGCCUCUGCCUCCCGUUGCUACUUUCGAAACCUCGCACACCCUUCGGUUUGUUGUCCGCAGCAGACGCUUCGUAAAGACGCGCGCCAGGCCGCCGCCGUCGCCUCAUCGUUCGCGCUCCCAGCCUCGUUUCUCCGUGUUUAUCGGAGGAGGUCGUCUCUCCGCCGUUACUCGCAACCGCGGUACCGCGCGCUGUGUUGCUCGUCUUUUAAUCCGUGCAAGCUCGCGUCUUCUUUUUUUUACUUCUUGUCAGAGCGCGGGGGGUGAAGCAAAAAAAAAUUAUCUCGUAAAAAAAAACGCGAGCGGUGUCACAAAAAUCGGGCGGGCGCAGGGUUUUGUUUUGGAAGUGCGAGACGCCCUGGGGGCGGAUCGCGCCGCUUUGGCUCGUCCAGGUCGUCCGUGUCUGAGGCGCCCCCGGGGCGACUGCGAGGAACGAAGUCGCGAGUCUCGCCCGCCUUUACCUGAACAUGGAGGACGACAGGGGUCGGGCCGAGGACGCUCCUCUGCCGCCAACAGCACUCGCCAUCAGCGGCAGGGUCAACCAUAGCCUCUCCACUGCUGGAUGAAGGCCCCGUGGACUCUUGUCUGCUGUGACCAAUUUGCCCGCCUAGCCCCUUCACUGGCCCAUGUAUACGUUUACGCCAAACUAUCUUCUCGGUUUUGGCAUGCGUUUCAGAUUUCAUUUUCUCUCUCCAUAUUUUUUUGCCUCACUUUCGCGACAUCUCUUUUUGUUUUAAAAUCCGAAACGGACACAUCUUUUUUCGGGUCAUCAGAAAUGUAAUAUCCGGGCCCGAUUUGACAAUUCGGCACAUUGAUCUGAAAAGUAUCAAAACCACUGCCCCCUGUCUUGUACACCACGAACCUGCCCCAUGUGCCUGACCCUACUUACGAGGCCUAUAUUAUACACCUAAUCCUACUCGCCCAGGAAUACACGUUACCCCCUAUCGUAUGCGCCUUCAACUGUGGAGAGCUGCUUAGCAAGCGCCCCGAGGCCGCACCGCCCUCUCUAAUCAUCGCGACACCCAACGCAGGACCUCGACCCGAAGCGGAGGGAGUGACCAACAGCCGUCACCAUGGACACAGAGGUGGACGGGCUGCUUCCGGAUGAGAUUAUGGAGGUACGACUGGCAGGUGAUGACGAGGAAGACGAGGACGAGCCCAUAGCUGUCCUGCAGCAUGAGGAGAUGAUGCUAUCGAUGGAGCCUCAGGACCACGUGGCCAUCAUCUCAGUGGAACUCGCUGACCCUGCGGAGGAGGCAGCGACGGCUCCGGUGGAGGUGAUGACGCGGCAGAUCGCGGCGCUGUCGGGGAAACCGGCGACUGUCGAGGCUCCCUCUCGAGCCUCACUCGCCACCGUUGUUGCUGCAGCUGCUGAACCUACGCCGACUGUUGCGACGCAGACACUUGGGCAACCGCAUUCCUUGGACACUGCACAAGCGCCCGCAGAAGUGGCGAUCUCUCGCACUGUUGCCACUCUUGUAAGCACGGCCACCACAAGCGCUGCCGUGACCACCAGGCCCGUCUCGACGGUGUCGUUUGCCACGAGGCCCGUAACCAGGACAACAGAACCCGUCAUCACCAUGACGACUCCCAGCGGUCAGCCCAUCACGGCGGUGGCGCUGUCGGCCAAUCACAAGGGUAUGUCAGAAGGAGGCGGUCAGGUGAGUGGGAUGGCUCUGGGUGGAGGGCAGCAGGUGCUGCUGGCGAUGCUGCCUGGCAGCGACCAGCCCAUCCUGCUGACGGUACAGCCACGGUCGGAGGCCGUGCAGCAGAUGUCGGUGCCGCAAGGCGGAGGCACGGCGUCCACCCCAAGCUCAGCCGCCUCCAAGUCAGAGCCAGCGCCCAUGAUGCUGACGCUGCAGCAGGGCCAUGGGCAGACAGUACAGAGCUCGCCGGGGCAGGGGAAGCUGGAGCAGGCGGUGCUGUUCAGCACGCAAGGCGGGCGCACAGUAGCGCAGGUGCAGAGUCGGACACAGGUGCGCGGCUUGACCGCCGGCGGGGGGAAAGGUCCCGAACAGCCCAUCUUCCUCACGGUGCAGGGUACACAGGGCAAGGGCAGCGGCGGGGAAGGUCAGCAGGUGCUGCUGGCCAUGCCCCCCGGCAUGACCCCAGCACAGGGCAAGGCCGGGGAGGGACAGUCGGUGGUGCUGGCGGUGCAUUCUGUGGGCAAGACAGGCACGACGCAGACACCGGCCUCCAGCAGCAGCCUGCCAGGGCAGCUUGGCUCGAUGCAGGUGACCAAGAUGGCUGGGCCGUCUCACUCAGGGGGCAGUGGGCCUAUCAUCACCAAGUUCAUCAUCAAGCCCAUGCCCAGCACUGGCCGGGGGACACUGAUCAGCGGUUCCGGCAGUGCCCCCGGAACGCCCACCAAGACCUUCACCCUGUCCCAUGUGACGACCGAGGGCUCUCCUGGGAGACCUCAGCUUGGAGGCAAGAUCGCCAUCUCCCCACUGAAGUCCCCUUCUAAGAUGACGGUGAUGCCCAUGUCGCCGGCGCCGGUGAACUCGCCCCAGAAACGCGUCGUUACCGCCAUGCCGCUCCCGCUGGCAGUCGCUCAGCAGAUCCUGCAGCAGCAGCAGGCCGGCUCCCCCGGCAAGCUGGUGACCCAGGUGAAGACGAGUGGACAGCAGGGCGGCGUGAAGCCUCUCUCGAUGCCCAUGUCCACCAUGCAGCCCAUAUCGGUGCCAGGCAGCAAGUUCCACUACGUGCGUCUCGUGACGCCAGUCAGCACGCACACCACGCAGGGCCUGCCAGCCAAGCCGGUAAGCAGCACACCUCAGCUGCGGCCUCCCAUUCCCAUUGCUCCGGCUCAGAGACAGGUGGUAGCCAGGCUUGGAGCGCCGAGCCCUCACCUGGUGAGCGGCGGGGGGUCCGUGGUGAGCCCCGUGGUGGGCCCCAUGGUGAACCGUGGACAGACCCCGCACCGACUCAUCAUGCCCGCGUCGUCGCUGCCCCUGCGGCCGAGCCUGCCCGGCCUGCCCCCCGGCACGCUGCUCACGCCCGCCGCUGGCUACACCAUGAUGCCCGCGCAGUACAUCACACAACUGCAGCAGGCACAGCCAUGUGUCUCUGUGAGCAUCAGCAAGUUGGCGCCCCUCGCUGCUGCUGCCUCCGUUCCUUCCACGCAAACCCGAAUCCCCGUCAACGGCAUCACGACGACGGACUCGGCUUCCCGGCCCCGGAAACCAUGCAACUGCACCAAGUCUCAGUGCCUCAAGCUGUACUGCGAGUGCUUUGCCAAUGGCGAAUUCUGCUACAACUGCAACUGUCGCAACUGCUCAAACAACCUGGUGCAUGAGUCGGACAGGCAGCGAGCGAUCAAGUCGUGCUUGGACCGGAAUCCGGAAGCGUUCCGCCCCAAAAUUGGAAAGGGCAAAGAGGGCGAGGCAGAACGGCGGCACAACAAGGGCUGCCACUGCAAGCGCUCGGGCUGCCUCAAGAACUAUUGCGAGUGCUACGAGGCCAAGAUCAUGUGCUCCUCGAUGUGCAAGUGCGUCGGCUGCAAGAACUUUGAGGAAAGCCCAGAGCGCAAGACGCUCAUGCACCUGGCAGACGCGGCCGAGGUUCGCGUGCUGCAGCAGACGGCCGCCAAGACCAAGCUGUCGAGCCAGAUCUCGGACCUGCCCACCCGGCCGCCAGCCAAUGGCACUGGGGAGAGGCUGCCCUUCAACUUCGUGACGCGCGAAGUGGCCGAGGCGACGUGCGACUGCCUCCUGACGGUGGUGGACGAGGUCCUGGGAGCCGGGGAGACGCGCGCCGUAGCCGAGCGCCGCGUUCUGCAGGAGUUUGGCCGUUGCCUCCAGCAGAUCAUCAACUCGGCCGGGAAAGUACGAGGCAACAGAUGAAAUUACUUCGCAAGCCUCCGUAAAGCUUCAGCUGUAUUGUCUCGGAAACCAAUGACUUCCGCCGCAGCGGUAACCAGGGUUACGCCUGAACUGCUGGGUGGAGAGAGAUGCUGGCCUUCGCUACAAGGCUUUUAACAUUUUUACCAAUUGUUUUACGAACUCAAGUGUAGAUUAAACAGAGACUCUAUAUCAUGUAAAUGAUAUAUGGCCGUACUCGUGUAAUGCAUGAACGCUAAUUGUAAAGGCAGGCAAGGCUUUUAAAUCCAGCUACUCGAUUGUCCGUUCUGCGCCAACCACGCUGUACAAUUGCCACGACGUGCUGUGUAAAUGGUGGAUUGUAGGUAUUGUUAUUUUUACCCGUAAUCUUUUCAGGCAACGUGUAAUUAUUUUGAGCGUUUUUUCUGUCAUCUGUACACACUGGGAACUGUGCUGAUAAAUGAAGUCAAAACCACUCCAGGGUUUUGACUUGUUUAAACGCACGCUGCAGAGAGGCGCUGAUCCGGGAGGCCCCCGCAGGUGGAUGGAUCGAAUAUUCUUGUCGGGUUUUGUGCCCGACGUCCCGUUUUUAAACACCAGACGGCACCGUGUAAAGGCGAGCAUGUUUGAGAGAGAGACGAUAUGGUUGUGUAUGUAUGUGUGUAUGCACGUGUAGAUAUAGGGGUGGGAGGAAGAGGGUUCGUUUUGUCUGUACAGGUUACCCGCGUAGACGCCAAUACUAUAUGGCGCUGUAUCUAAUGUACUAUACAUUUUCCGAAAGAUGUACUGCCUGGCACAAGAGAUGGACUGGUGUGGUUCAGGAUGUGGAGAUGAUUGGACUUUCCGAUGACUGGAAUCAGCAGUGUCCAGAUGGGCCUCUGGAGGUUCAUGAAGGACGCUGCUAGGGAGUUUGAGGCAGCCGCCCUCCAGCAAUAACGGAGGGCAGAGGAGUGACGCUCACAAUGAGCAGAGUGCCAGCGGCUAAAAACGCAGAAAGUUCGCACGUUUGGUGCAUCGACCUGUGACCUAUCAACCCAUGGCACCUGGAGCUGUUGCGUGACUUGCCAGCAGGCCUUCAGCACUUCACGUGGCCUCAGUGCACCUAGCAUGGCACGAACGCCGCAGUGAUGUCACCACCACUUAGUGCUAAACAGUGGUUGUUGCUGAUGCGCUCGUCGGCUGGGGGAGUGAAUGAGAGGUGGUGUAUCUUGGCAGCAAACAGCACACUUCUGGUGGAUUCACCGCUGCGUCUUCUCCGGGUCCACUCCCGCUGGACGUCCCCGUGUGAAAGGCUGGAGAGAGCCAUGAGUAGUCAACAUGCGAGUGCCUCUUGUCGUGUCGAUCCGUCGCUCGAUUGAAAGUUCAGUAUUUUGGUAGGAAAAAGCAAGAGGUUUUUAUUUAACUAUUGUAUAAAACCCUCCCCUUCCCCAAUACGUUCCUCUUGGGAGAAAUGUGUUUUUGCAAAUGUUACCUACCCUAGACACCCCACAAAGCCUUUUAUACGAGUCCUGAAUGCACGCGUGUGGGACCGCCAAUAAACAGCACUGCAGGA